GGGAUAGGAAAGGCAAUCGAGGAUGCAAAAAUGCUAUUAUCGCGGAUCAUGUUUUUUUUCCAACACUAUUACACAAAAAAAAAAUCGUGAUAGUAAGGCAGUCGGGGGAAAGGUUGGGAGGGAGGCAAUCGAGACCCUAUUGGACGUGCAGCAGAUUGGUAGCUCCACAUUGCACCCUCACGUACUAGUUCCAUCAUGUGCAACAUUAUUCUGACAGAAUGCAAUUCGAUGGCAGGGUUUAUUUUAGACUUUUUGUGCAAAAUGACUGGGAGCUUGGUAAAUGCCAGCUAUCGGGAAUUGGCAGAAGGCAUGUUUUCGCACUUACCGUUUUUGCAACUUCUCCUUCUGAAUUCAAACUCAUUCACGUUAAUAAAAGAUGAUGCCUUCGCUGGGCUUUCACAUCUAGAGUAUUUAUUCAUUGAAAACAAUAAAAUUGAUUCUAUAUCAAGAUAUGCUUUUCGAGGUCUUAGAGACUUGAUCCAUCUUUCCCUGGCUAACAGUCACAUCAGAUCAUUACCAAGGGAUGCUUUCAGUGAUUUGGAUUCUCUUCUUGAACUGGAUUUACGAGGAACAGACCUACAGUGUGAUUGUAAAGCCAAGUGGCUGAUUGGUUGGUUGCAGACCACAAAUGCCACAGUCUCUGAUGUUAUCUGUGCUGGCCCACCUGAACAUCAAGGAAAGAAGUUAAUAGAUUUAACUGCUUUUGACUGCUCAGCGACAGAGUUCGUGGUGCACCAGGUUUUACCCUACCAAUCUCUGUCUGUGGACACGUUCUCUUUCAAAGACGACAUAUUUGUAGCAAUUGCACAGCCAAAUGUGGGAAACUGCAGAGUGUUACAAUGGGAUCACAUUGAAAUGAAUUUUAGAAGUUACGAUAAUAUCACUGGUCAGUCAAUAAUUGGAUGCAAAGCAAUAGUCAUUGAAGAUCAAGUCUUUGUUGUAGUUGCACAGCUCUUUGGCGGUUCUGUCAUUUAUAAAUACGAUGAAAGCUGGACUAAAUUUGUGAAAUUUCAAGAUAUCGAAGUCUCUAAAAUUUCCAAACCAAAUGACAUAGAAGCUUUCCAGAUUGACAACGAAUGGUUCUUUAUCAUAGCAGAUAGCUCGAAAGCUGGCUUAUCAACAAUAUAUAAAUGGAACGGAAAAGGAUUCUAUUCUUAUCAGACUAUGCACGAAUGGUUCCGAGAUACUGAUGCAGAGUAUGUCAACAUUGACGGAAAGUCACAUUUAAUCUUAACAAGUCGGUCACAAGUUCCAGACAUCUUUCAAUGGAACAAAAAUUCCAAGCAGUUCGUCCAACAGAGUGAAAUGCAACAUAUGGAGGAUGUUAUUGCUGUGAAAAGUUUUAGAAUUGAAAGCGACCUGUUCAUUUGCCUGACUAGAUUUAUUGGUGACUCUAAAAUAAUGAAAUGGAAUACAAAGGAGUUUGUAGAAAUACAAGAUCUGCCUUCACGAGGAUCAAUGAUAUUGCAGCCUUUCUCAUUUAAAGACCGAUAUUACCUGGUAAUGGGAAGUGACUACACUUUCUCACAAAUUUAUUCUUGGGAUGUUGAAAAUAAGGUCUUCGCAAAAUUUAAAGAAGUCUACGUGCAAGCUCCUCGUUCUUUUACCGCUGUAUCCACAGAUAGAAUGGAUUUUUUAUUUGCCUCAAGUUUUAAAGGGAAUACACAAAUUUUUGAGCAUGCAAUUGUUGAUCUGAGUUUGUAAUUUGAUGAAAAGUAACCAAGAUUGAACUGAAUUAGUAAGAUAAUUAUCUUUUCUAUGAGAAAUUCAUCAAUUUGCUAAUUUAAUCUGAAUAGAAGCUGAUUCAGAUUCUCCUUCGGCCUUGUAAGCAGAGAAGAAUGAAGGAGAUUUCCUUUUAAAAUAUAUUCUAGAUUUAGAGGAUAAGUAUACUCUUAAAAUUCUUGCCAAGAACCAAGUACUGACAUUCUAUGUUUGAUGGCUUCCUUCCUGGUACAGACAUUGAAACACCAGAAAGUCCAGUCAAACAUUAAGAUUUGGCAAGCUGCAUUCUUCCUAUACAUUACCUAAACUCAGAUCCAAGUUUUAAGACAUUAGAAUAAAGUUGUAUUAAACUGUGCUGCUGAUAGUAUAAUUUGUAGACAAUGGUCUGCAUUGAAGGUAUUUACCAAUUCAAUGUUAAAAUAUAUUCUGUUUAGGAUAUGCAUACCAAUAGUCAUAUGUGCAAGGUAAUUACAUAAAAUAAAUACAUAUGCUGAACUUUUAUCUAAUAUUGACAAUUUG